AUGAUGAAGGCAAUUGUAAAGAAAUGCGCUAUAUUUGUGACCCUGGUCGCAAUUAUCAGUAACAUUUAUAUUUUUACCUAUCCUUCACUUCAUCCUCAAUCAUGCUCGUGGAAUUGUGCUUCAAGCAAGAGAGAUUACAUCCCGAUCGAUUCCUUGAAUGGCGUGGAGCGGUGGCUCUAUUAUGCAAAAAGAUACAUAAACGAUGUGAAACAACAGAUAUUACCUUCAGAAACAGCAGAGGAAAAAGGCGGUCCUUCAGAUAUUCAUCUUUUAGCAUUGGGGGAUCCUCAAAUAAAGGGAAAUUGGAAACAUACACCUUACAUAACAAGAUUAGACACGUUCGGAAAUGACUACUACUUGGGCCACAUUUAUUCUAUGAUGAAGAAAAGACUUCAUCCAACGCACGUAGCUGUUAUGGGUGAUCUGUUCUCUUCGCAAUGGAUUGGUGAUUCGGAGUUUUUCAACAGAACUGUAAGAUACACUCAUCGACUAUUCAAACGGAAUACAACUUGGCUUGAAGCCAUCAGGGAUGAAAACCAUGAUGAGGAUAAUCAAUAUAAAGUUGAUUGGGUGAAUUAUGCAGAUGACCUGCAAGUUCGCAGGGCACGAGUCCCGAUGGAUUUUCAAUUUGGCUACGAGGAUGUAUAUUCUUGGGACCCAGAGAAUGAAGAUUCGUUAUUCAUCAAUAUUACCGGGAACCAUGAUAUUGGAUACUCCGGUGAUGCAACGUUCCAACAUAUGGCUCGUUUUUAUGAGCUUUUUGGCAAAGACAACUACUGGAUCGAAUAUGAUAAUGAUACAGACCAUCCUUGGAGAAUCGUGGUUUUGAAUUCUUUACUCUUGGAAGGUCCUGCUUUACAACCAGAGUUUUUGAAUAUUACAUGGGAGUUUCUAUAUCAACUUUUCGAGAGAAGAUUUGCCGGCAGUACCGUUCUACUAACACAUGUUCCAUUUUAUAAGAGGGCCGGUCUCUGCGCAGAUGGGCCAGAGUUCAGGUACUAUCCUGCUGAUUUCGAAAGAGAGCCUUACAAGAAAAACUUGCUGAGAUCGCAAAAUCAUUUAAGCGAAGAAACAACGAAGAGAGUGCUUAAUUUGAUUUUCGACAAUGGGAAGCCUGGAAUCAUCUUAACUGGACAUGACCAUGUAGGCUGCGAGACUAUUUAUAACAAAGACAACAAAAGUGGCCAGUGGAAGGCUUCUAAGGUAGUUGAGUCACCGGAGCACUUCAUAAAGGAGAUAACAGUCAAGUCUAUGAUGGGAGAGUUCAAUGGAAAUGCUGGUUUAGUGACGGGCCGUUUUGAUUCUAAAAAGCUUCGCUGGGAGUGGACGUUUACGCUAUGUCCAUUUUCCAUUCAGCAUGUAUGGUGGUUUACGAAAGUUGCCACAAUCAUAAGUGGUUUUCUAUUAUCUUUGCUAGUUCUGCUUUAG